AUGUUAAGUGUACUCUCCCAAUACAGUCUAAUGGAACAGCAAACGACAGAGAGACCAUUCAAGGCCUACCCGCGUACACCAGUCACCAUACCCUCACAAACCUAUUCCGGGACAAUCCCGAGUUCAUUCUACAACGCCUACCCGUCGACGACACAUAACAGCAUGUCACGUCACGACUCGUUCAUGCCAAUGUCCGUGAACACGCAGAUGAGCGCGACCCACACGACCAGUCUCGCUGGACAGGGCCCGACCCAUCCCAGUCAGCAGAACCAACAGAGUUUACGCGACAUGCAAUCACGGAUGUCUUGUUUCCAGAACAAUAUGCAACUGAACCCGACUUAUAUGGACAUAUCGGGGAAUUUCAAAAAGGAGAGCGAGGAUUCUGCAGCGCUUGGGGGACCUGUUGGGCAGGAGAUACCAAUACCGUCAGGGUCUGUUUCGACCAGUGCCGACAGCACAAGUAAGGCACAGAACGCCGAAUUGGACGUCCUGAAGGACACACAGGCCGGGAAUUGUAGCGACGGUAGUAGCAGUGCCGAGGGUGAUAUGAGUGGAAUCAUGGUUCCUCCGAAGAAACGCCCACACUCGAGUGUCGUCGACGAUCAUAUGGCCAUGCGACAUAUGGAACCAUCGAAUUUAACCGAAGAGAUGAAGGAUGGUGGAUAUUGGGAGAAACGGAAGAAGAAUAACGAAUCGGCAAAGCGAUCCCGCGACGCACGACGCAUGAAGGAGGAACAAAUCGCUCUGCGGGUCGUCUAUCUGGAACAGGAGAAUCUACAACUCCGAACCGAGGUAUCGCUUCUCCGGAGCGAGAUUGAGAAAUUGCGAUGCAUGCUUUACAACGGAUAA